AUGGCUGGCUAUUUUGGAAACAGGGACAUGCCCUUUGGGGCCCCUGUCACAUCGCCUGUGCUUGAUCAGGCACAAAGCCAACUCAACACAGCGCAGAUGAGCCACGCCCAGAUCCAGCAGGAGCUGCAAAACCUGAUGCAGUAUCGAGCCACGACACCGAUGUCGGUGAUUGAAGGCCAACAGAGAGACCAGGAGAUGUCGGAUCUUCAGGUGCGAUUGACACAGAUGGAGGAUGAGAUGAGGGGGUUGCGAGAUACAAUUACUCGCCAACAAGCCACCAUAAGAAACCAGAGCGCGGCCAUUUCAAACCCGAGGCAAUUCUACCCUGCACCAAAUACCACACCAGGUGGUUUUGUAGAUAUUCAAUCACAGGGACCAAUGCACGGUCACCAUGCCAGCAUGCAGAUGCCUCCGCCGCCGCCACCGUUCUUCAACCACGGCACCCCGAUCCAUGUUCAACAAACGAACCAACCUCCUCCACAUAUGAGAUCAAUCCACGAUCAGAAUCCGCACACUGGCAAUACUCAAAGCCAGCAGUGGAAUACACCAAUGAACCAACAACCAGGCGUACAAGGUCAGCCACUGCACCAGACGCCGUUCCAUCCACAUGGCCCAACAAGUGUCAAUCAAUUUGGGUCUCCUGAAGCGAGACCACCAUUCAACACGAACAUUGGACCAUACGGAACGCCGAACGACCGCAGCCAAGGUUCAAGCAACCCGACAUCGGGACAGAGAAGUGGCCAAGGCACACCAGGCCACGCACUUAUGCAGCAGCCAGACAAUUCCAUGGCUCUUGUCCCAGCACCCGCAGUCAUAGAGAAUCCCACCACGGUCAAGGACCAGUGUGAACUCGUCUUCGGGAUGGCAGAGAAGUUUGGAUGGUCACAUGUCAAUUUCCCAAGCUCACACAAGGAUAAACUCAUCCCACAAGCCAUCAAAGACCGACUGCUCCAGACUGCGGCACCGGCACAAGCAUUUCCGCUCAUGACUUCCCCAGCGACUCGCUUCCUGUUGGUAGCCAAGGUCAUCAAUCAGUGGGUUCAGCGGAACGUUCUCAAGGCAGACAGCUUCCGAGGCUUCGACACCGAAUGCGACACCAACAUCGACCGGAACCGGAACCAGAUCUACCAGUCAACGCCGGCACAAGUCAAGUACCAACUGCUCAACAACAUUGCAGCACAAAUGCAAGUGAUGAAGCAGAAGCCCGGCUUUGGAACCUUUGUCGACAAUCUGGCACGAAGCCGUGGCAAUGAACUCUGGAAGAUCGUGCAGCCACUGAUGCAUGUCAAGACCAGCCGGGACUGGGAAGACAUGCACUGGCUCAUGAACGAAGCACACAACCUGGCCAUCAUGAUGUACUCGGGCCCAGACCAAUACCGCUUCGAGACACCACAGGCUGGUCAAUUCUUCAAGAGCGGAGAUAUGGUACCGAAAGAUCCAUAUCCCAACAUUGCCACACAUGAGCAACUGGAAGCAAGAGGGGUCAGGGUCAAGCUUGGAAUUUCACCUCAUGUCAUUGUCAAGACUAGCACGCCUUUAGGGCUAGUCAGCGAGAGCACAGUCGUGCGAGCGGUUGUGUUGCUGGACGCAACAUGGAAAUAG